GGUCAGUUUGCCGGCCGAGUCCGGGGAGCGGCGCGAGGGGCCGGCCCGAGGCCGGGCGUUCGGACCCGAGCCAUGCCCGGGAUGGUGCUGUUCGGUCGGCGCUGGGCCAUCGCCAGCGACGACCUGGUGUUCCCAGGGUUCUUCGAGCUGUUGCUGCGAGCGCUGUGGUGGAUCGGCAUUCUGACGCUGUACGUCAUGCACAGAGGGAAGCUGGACUGUGCCGGGGGCGUCCUGCUUAGCAGUUACCUGAUCGUGCUCAUGGUGCUGCUGGCGGUCAUCAUCUGCACCGUGCUGGCCAUCGUGUGCGUCAGCAUGAGAGGAACCAUUUGCAACCCCGGACCGCGGAAGUCAAUGUCUAAGCUGCUUUACGUCCGCCUUGCGCUCUUCCUGCCGGAGAUGGUCUGGGCCUCCCUGGGGGCUGCCUGGGUGGCAGACGGCGUCCAGUGUGACAGGACAGUUGUGAACGGCAUCAUUGCCACCGUCAUCAUCAGUUGGAUCAUCAUCGCCGCCACUGUGGUCACCAUUAUCAUUGUCUUUGACCCGCUGGGGGGCAAGAUGGCCCCAUAUUCCUCUGCUGGUCCCAGUCACUUGGAUAGUCGUGAGUCCAGCCAGUUCCUCAGCAGCCUCAAGACAGCAGCCACGAGCGUGUGGGAGACGCGAAUCCGGCUCCUGUGCUGCUGCAUCGGGACGGACGACCAUACUCGAGGUGCUUUUACCAGUACGGCAGAGCUUUUCUCAACCUACUUUUCAGACACAGAUCUGGUGCCCAGUGACAUUGCCGCGGGCCUGGCCCUUCUCCACCAGCAACAGGACAACAUCAGCAACAACCUGGAGCCUGACGACGUGGCCAGUCGUUCGCCAGAGCCCUCGCAGGAGGCUGACUUGGAUGAAGAGUUAGAAAACUGCCAUCAUUACAUGCAGUUCGCAGCUGCUGCCUAUGGGUGGCCUCUCUACAUUUACCGGAACCCGUUCACCGGCCUGUGCAAGAUUGGAGGUGACUGUUGUAGGAGCAGACCAGCAGAGUACGACUUGGUCGGGGGAGAUCAGCUCAGCUGUCACUUUGGCUCCAUCCUGCACACGACAGGGCUGCAGUACAGGGAUUUCAUUCACGUCAGCUUCCACGACAAGGUGUAUGAGCUGCCGUUCCUGGUGGCCCUGGACCACAGGAAGGAGUCCGUCGUGGUCGCAGUGAGAGGAACCAUGUCUCUCCAGGACAUCCUGACUGACCUGUCCGCAGAGAGCGAGACCCUGGACUGCGAGUGUGGGGUGCAGGACCGUCUGGUCCACAAGGGCAUUUCUCAGGCUGCCAGAUACGUGUACCGGCGACUCGUCGGCGAUGGGAUUUUGAGCCAGGCGUUCAGCAUUGCUCCCGAGUACCGGCUGGUCGUGGUGGGGCACAGCCUGGGCGCCGGAGCCGCCGCCUUGCUGGCCAUCAUGCUCAGGAACUCCUACCCGCAGGUCAAGUGCUACGCCUUCUCCCCGCCCAGGGGGCUGCUCAGCAAAUCCCUGUGUGAGUACUCGAAGAGCUUCACCGUGUCGCUUGUCCUUGGGAAGGACGUGAUCCCCAGGUUAAGUGUCACCAACCUGGAGGACUUGAAGAAGAGGAUCCUGCGGGUGAUCGCUCACUGCAGUCAGCCCAAGUACAAGAUCCUGCUGCACGGGUGCUGGUACGAGCUCUUCGGAGGGAGCCCCGAGAACCUACCAACCGAGCUGGACGGGGGCGAGCAGGGGGACCUGACGCAGCCCCUCCUCGGGGAGCAGAGCCUGCUGACGCACUGGUCCCCGGCCUACAGCUGCUCCAGCGACUCCCCGCUAGACUCCUCCCCCAAGUACCCGCCCCUGUACCCCCCGGGCAGGAUCGUGCACCUGCAGGAAGAGGGCAGUGCAGGGAGGCUUGGCUGCUGCUCCGCCGCCCAGUACGGCGUGAGGUGGGCGCACGAAGCCGAGUUCAGCAAGAUUCUCAUCGGCCCCAAGAUGCUGACUGACCACAUGCCCGACGUCCUGAUGCGAGCGCUGGACAGCGUGGUCGCCGACAGAGCGCUGUGUGUCUCGUGUCCAGCACAAGGGCUUCCGGACGUGGACGUGGUGUAAGCGGGGCUGCUGGGACCGGGGACCACACCGGGGAAACGGCCGGGGUCGGCGGUGCUGUUUGCGGCGGCGUUGGCGCGGUCAGGACGGAGGGGAGGGGCCUGUGAGCCCCGCGGCGGACGUGGGCGGCCGUCCUCCCUGUCGCUCCACAGAGGAGUCCGAGCUCGCGCGUGCGCCCCAGGCUUUCCUGGCUACCCCGCCCCCACCCGGGUUUCCUCCUGAGUGGCACCAAGCUUGGGACUGGAGACAGGUGUUUGAGGCAGGCGAGCGGCCACGCGCCUGGCCUCCUGAGGCCGCCGAGUUGUCCGUUGCUCGCUGGGCCUCGUCUGGCUCUGAGGGCGUGGGGAGAAUAAAGCAUUCACCCUCA